AUGUCAAAUGAGGGUAACUCAAACUGGCAAUUCUCUUUAAUUGGUCAAGUUUUAGGCCUAAAUGUCAAAUUCAAGACUAUGGAAAGCUACAUUCAAAAGGUGUGGACACACUGGUCAGUUCCUGAUUUGUGUAUACUUAAGCCAGGUUUGUUUUUGUUCAAAUUUCAAAACAAAUACGAAAUGGAGGAUAUUCUUAUGAAUGGUCCUUGGUUUUUUGGUUCAAGGCCCCUACUAUUGAAAGUCUGGACUAAUGAUGAUGAUAUUGACAAGAUGAAUGGAAAUAUCUAUCCCCUGUGGAUUCAACUUCCUGGUUUAAGACUGAAUCUUUGGAGCUCAAAUGCCAUAAGCAAGAUUGCUAGUCAUAUAGGUAGGCCUAUUGCCACUGAUAAACUCACUGCUAAUAAGCAGAGAUUGGCAUAUGCAAGGGUCUUGGUUGAGGUUAAUAUGCCUUCCCCCCUUCCUGAUCUGAUUCCUAUACAUGGACCAAAUGGAAAGAUUAUAAAUCAAAAAGUGAUAUAUGAAUUAAAACCUAAAUGA